UUUGCCUUAAUUUCGAAUUGUAGUAAAUUAAUUUAUAUUUUACUCUAUUAUAAAAAUAUGUAUAGACUAAAACAUUUAAAAUCACUCAUCAAAAAAACAACGUUAACCUAUGAAAAACGAACAUUUUCAAUAAAACUAUCAAACUAUAAUACUAAAAUAGAUAAGAUUCUUAUAGCUAAUAGAGGAGAAAUAGCAUGCCGCAUUACAAGAACUGCCAAAAAACUUGGAGUAAAGACUGUAGCAGUUUAUAGUGAUGUUGACAAGGACUCAAUGCAUGUUGAGUUGGCCGAUGAAGCAUAUUAUAUUGGACCAGCUCCUUCAACUAAAAGUUAUUUAAGACAAGAUAAAAUUAUAGCCAUUGCCAAAAAUGCCAAAUGUCAAGCCAUUCACCCUGGCUAUGGGUUUCUAUCAGAAAAUACAGAAUUCGCAGAAUUAUGCGAAAAACGGAAUGUUAUUUUCAUUGGACCACCUGCUCAAGCUAUUAAGGAUAUGGGAAUAAAAAGCACAUCAAAAUCUAUUAUGGCUAAAGCUGGAGUACCUAUAAUUGAAGGAUACCAUGGAGAAGACCAAUCUAAUGAAACUUUGUUGAAGGUAGCUCAAAAAAUUGGUUUUCCUUUGAUGAUUAAAGCAGUACGAGGUGGUGGAGGCAAAGGAAUGAGAAUUGCUUUGAAAGAAGUUGAAUUUUUCCAAGCAUUAGAGUCUGCAAGAACUGAAUCUCAAAAAUCAUUUGGAGAUUCAGCUGUACUCUUGGAGCAAUACGUUGCUGAACCAAGGCAUGUGGAAGUGCAAAUUUUUGCUGAUAGAUACGGGAAUGCAGUUCAUUUGUUUGAAAGAGAUUGUUCUAUUCAACGAAGACAUCAAAAAGUUAUUGAAGAAGCUCCUGCUCCUGGACUUUCAGAAGAGCUUAGAGCAGAACUUGGCAUUGCUGCAGUUAAAGCAGCAAAAGCUGUAGGCUAUGUUGGUGCUGGCACUGUAGAAUUUAUAAUGGAUAGACAUACUCAAAAAUUUCAUUUCAUGGAAAUGAAUACACGUUUACAAGUUGAACAUCCAAUCACAGAGGCUAUAACAGGUACAGAUCUCGUUGAAUGGCAGUUAAAAGUUGCAGCUGGUGAGAAAUUGCCAAUGAAACAAGAAGAAAUUCGAUUAAAUGGUCAUGCUUUUGAAGCUAGAAUUUAUGCAGAAGAUCCACGAGGUGGAUUUUUGCCUGGAGCUGGAAAACUUAUACAUUUGACUCCUCCAUCAAUUGCUGAAAAUAUAAGAGUGGAAACCGGUGUUCGCCAGAAUGACGAAGUAUCCGUUCAUUACGAUCCAAUGAUAGCGAAAUUGGUUGUCUGGGGAAAAGAUAGAAACGAAGCUUUAAACGUAAUAAGAUCCAAGCUUUCGGAAUAUGACAUUGCAGGCUUGGAGACAAAUGUUGAAUUUUUAAAAGAUCUUUGUUUGCACCCGAAAUUUCGCAACGGCGAAGUUCAUACCGGAUUCAUAGAGGAAAAUUAUGAAUCAUUAUUCCCUAAAUUACAAGUUCCAAAUCGAAUUUUAGCUGAAGGUGCUCUAGGUUUAAUUUUAUACGAAGAGAUGAGCUCUUUAAAGAAUACUAUUACAACUGCCGAUCCUGUUAAUCCUUUUGUCGUGGAAACUAGGGCAAGGUUGAAUCAUUUCUUAAACAGACACAUUGAUUUUCAUAUUGGAGAAGAAAAACAUUUUGUUGAUAUAAAAUACACUGAACCUGAUGUGUAUUUCAUGAGAACUAAUGAUCUUGGACCUUGGAGGAUCGUCAGUGGCACCUUGAGAAAGCAAGGGAAUUCUUUAGAGUUAAAAUCGGACAUUGACGGCGUUAUUCAAAAGUCACGAAUUGUAAAAGUUGGCAACGAAAUUUACUUGUUUACCAACGAUCGCAAGUGGCGAUUGACUAUACCAUCACCUGACUAUGUAAAAGAAUUAUCAGAUCAAGAUAACACAACUUCUGGUUCAGCUGUUAGUCCAAUGCCAGGGAUUGUGGAUAAAAUAAUGGUGAAAAGGGGAGAUAAAGUAAAAGCUGGUGAUCCAUUACUCGUCAUCGUCGCAAUGAAAAUGGAGCACUUGAUUAAAGCAACAUCUGACGGAAUAAUAGAUGAUAUUUUAUGCAAAGUAGGAGAGAAUGUUGGCAAAAAUAAGCUUCUGGUCAAGUUCGAAAGUGAUUUUUAAAUAUUUGUUAUGGUGGUAUAAUCAGCUAUAUAACAAUGAAAGUAAAAAUAUUAUCUACAAAGGCUGGUAUUUAAUGGGCAUUCCGAAAAAUAUGAUAGUAAUUAAAUGUACAAGCAUUGUUUACUACGAAAUGUAAUUAAUAAAUCACGUUAUUCGUUAAACUAACCAUCCUCUGUUCGAAAAGAAGAAAACUAGGCAUGCGAUCGUUACACACCCCGGUCGUAUAAUGUACUUAAGUGUGUGUAAAUACUGUAAGUACUACUUGUCAAAGUCGUAAUAAUCCGUUAAGACAAGAGAUAACAACAUAAGAGCCGGCAGUGAUAUCCUUUUCUUUUUGCGAAGUCAGUUUAUAUUUUAUAGCAUGUGCUUUACUACUGAAUGAGUAAAUCUUUUUGUUUUAUGUUUUAAUUAUCAAUUUUAAAACAUUCGCAUUUGAAUCGUUCUAGAGAUUAUCAUACUUCUUUGACCUUGACAAAUUUUAUAAUGUCUGUGCUUCAUAAAAGAUAAACCCUAUCAAGCUAUUAGUUAAAUGUUUCGUUUGAUUUAAGUCUUGAUUGUAUUUAGGCAAGCACAAUCAUGUAAAAUAAAUGUUGAGAAAAAUAGUAUUGCAAGUAUAGUGACCUAGUCAUUUGAUAUUUAAAUAUUAAAAAGCUUAACUGUACAAUUGCGACUCGCACGAGUGUCACGCUUGGCACGAUAAACGUGCUCGCCACACUCCCCGCUCCCUGCCACCCUUGCUUCCCCCCUCUCUGCUUCAUGUAGCUUUCGCGCCCUGGUACCUGCCGCUCGCGACGCCACAAUCCUGCACGCUCGAUGCUAGCUUUUCUCCAUUUUCUCAGCUCUCGACCUUCUCCAAAUUUACUUUUUCCUUUGGUAUACUUACAUUACGAUGAUACGCUUAUCUCAACUCCUGCGACUCGUGAAUUUGUUCUUUCCCAAUGCAUUUUGCCAUGUUUGCGUGCGAGUUCGAUAAGACUAAAGUUUUUUAGAAUUCUAGCUGUGAUCGAGAUCACUUGCAU